GCGUUACAACCAAGUCCUAAUCCUGCUAUAACAUAUCGUGUUAUUGGUGGUAUUCUGGAUUUCUAUAUAUUUAUGGGACCAAGUCCUGAACAGGCUGUACAACAAUAUAUACAGGCUAUAGGACGACCUGUAAUGCCACCACAUUGGUCUUUAGGAUAUCAUCUAUGUAGAUGGGGAUAUAAAGAUUUAGAAGAUAUGAAGAUGGUGAUCAACAGAACCAGAGCUGCUGGUAUACCUUAUGAUGGUCAAUGGGUAGAUAUAGAAUAUAUGUAUAAGCAUUAUGAUUUUACUUAUGACAGAAAAGAUUGGGUCGCUCUACCAGAAGUUGUUGAAGAUUUACAUGAAAAUAACCAACGAUUUAUUGUUAUCAUUGAUCCAGGAAUUGGUGCCGAUAGAACUAUAAUAGAAGAAGCUGUUAUAAAUAGUCCAGGUUAUAAUAUGUUUGAUGAUGGUGUACAGCAAGAUAUAUUUAUUAAGAAUGAAUCUGAUCAAGUAUUAAUAGGAGAGGUGUGGCCAGGUGUGACAGCUUUUCCAGAUUUCACAAAUCCUAAAACACAAGAUUGGUGGUUGAAAUGGAUGAAUUUUUUAUACCACGAAGAAAAUAUUAAAUAUGACGCAUUAUGGAUUGAUAUGAACGAACCGGCUAGCUUUGUUCAUGGUUCAACAGAAGGAUGUAAACGCACCAGAUGGAAUUAUCCGCCAUAUACGCCACUGCCCUGA